AUGAACAAGGACAAGAUACUGAAGCUCGCAAAGGGCUUCCGCGGCAGGAGCAAGAACUGUAUACGGGUAGCUAGGGAGCGUGUGGAGAAGAGCCUGCAGUAUGCCUUCCGGGACAGGAAGGCCAAGAAGAGGGACAUGCGCGCUCUCUGGAUACAGCAAAUAAACGCUGGAGCCCGACAAUAUGGGGUCAAGUAUUCCUCGCUCAUCAGCGGGCUGGCUGCUCAGAACGUGGGCCUGAACCGCAAGAUGCUGUCCGAGCUUGCCAGGACGGAGCCCCUCUCCUUCAAGGCCCUGGUGGACCAGGUGGCUCACAUGCGGGGCCUGUCUGCCCCUCAUGCCGGCGCCGCACUCAAGUGA